AUUGGAGAAAGGCAUCUACUUCCUGAAGAGCAAGCUCGGAGGCCUGGUGUAAUCUCGAGCCAAAACAUAAGAUCUGUUUCCAAACUUCUAGGACUGGAGAAAGGCUUCAGGAGAAGAUGAACAGGUUAGCAGAUUGGGCUCUGUUCAAAAUGGCUGGUGUGGGUGAAGGAAAAAGCAAGAAAGGAGACAAUGGGAUUGGAAAUGCCAUUGACUUUGUGCUCUCGAAUGCCAGGCUGGUGCUAGGUGUUGGUGGGGCAGCGAUGUUAGGCAUUGCAACGCUGGCUGUUAAGAGGAUGUAUGACCGGGCGAUCAGUGCCCCAAGUAGCCCCAGCAAGAUGGAUUUGAGAUCUGGCAAGCAAAGUUGGGAGGAGCCCAGCUGGAUUGGUUCAUCACCACGUUUAUUGACCAGAGAUAUGAAAAUGAAUGUCAGCAGAUCGCUACAGACGCUGCCAACUGAUAGCAUGAGCUGCGAAGCAGGUACUUCCAAAGGUGCUAGCAAGAAAAAUCAAAUGGAUUUGAAGAAAGCUCGACUCCGCUUGUCCAUGCAAGAUAAACUCUUUGUGUAUUACCGUAAGCAUGUUGUCAUCCUAGGUGCGGAAAUGAGCCGUGCCAAGCAGGCUGCAAUGGAUAUUUGCACAGAACUGCGGAAUUUCAUCCAUGCCAAGCUUCCUGAUAUGCCUCUCCGGGAUAUGUAUCUCAGUGGCAGUCUGUAUGACGAUUUACAGGUGGUCACUGCAGAUCACGUUCAUCUGAUGGUUCCAUUGAUCUUAGAGAAGAACCUCUGGGCUGCAAUCCCAGGGGAGGAGACCAUUAUGAAUGUCCCUGGGUUCUGGCUGGUCCGCAGGGAAAACAUGGAAUAUUUCCCCCGCGGCAGCAGUUAUUGGGACCGCUGCAUCGUGGGUGGCUAUCUCUCGCCUAAAGUUGUGAACGAGACGUUUGACAAGGCCUUGUCAGGGACCAUCAACUGGCCAGCUAUAGGUAGUGUCUUGGACCUCGUGAUUCGACCGGUGGUCCCUUCUGAAACAAUGACUUUGGAGGUUCAGUACGACACGAGUAAAAAAUUAUUUAUUGAGUUCUUGCCAUUGAUCGUGAUGGAGGAGACCAUGCUGAUUGCCAAACCUCACCGGGACGGACGGUACGAAAACAUGUGGCGGCAAAGCUUCCGAACUGCGGAAACUGUUAAGCUGCGAGCCCUGGACGAGAGGGACGGAGGCUGUCGCUGCUGCUGCCUGAAGAUACUGAAAGCCAUCUGCAAGUCCAGCCCUGUUCUCAACAAGCUGACGGCUAGUCAGCUGACCAACGUGAUCCUCCAUGGCUGUGAGAAGGAAUCCGACUGGUCACCAGAUUUGCUGGCCGAUAAAUUCCUGCUGGUUCUCAGAGAGCUUAUAAGCUACUUGGAGCAAGGUUUCUUGCCAUGCAGCUUAGAUACCAAAGUCAACUUGUUUUUGGAACUUAAAGAAGAAGAAAUUGAUGAAUUGGGAUACAUGCUGUACUGUUCCUUAUCUGAACCAGAGACGUUGUUAAAUACAUGAAUUAUUUUGUAGUAGACACAUGAAGAGGUUCGUAAUUUGAUAUUUAUCAGGGUUCACCAAAUGACUGCGUUCGAGUGCUGUUAACCAUUUCAUAACCCUAUUGGCCAGAUGACUCAUUUUGCAUUUCCUGAAUUUGUAGUCGUGAUUGGAAGUUGCAUGAAAGGGGAACCAGUGAUCUUGUGGGAAGGACUUCCAAUGUUGUUUACUAUUUAAAAAAAGGCAAUUAGGCUUGGGCUGAAUGGUGUCUUGUCCUUUUGAUGAACCAAACGUGAAAAUAAUAUUCACGUUUCCCAUUAACACUUAAAAUGUAAAGAUUUAAAAUAAAUGUCGUUUUCAAAGACUCGGACAAAAUUUUCAAAAUUGCAGCCGUCAAUAAAAUCAGUUUGACUGAGGUCCA